AUGGCGGAGCUGCAGCAGCUCCAGGUGCAGGAGGCGGUGGACUCCAUGGUGAAGAGUCUGGAGAGAGAGAAUAUCCGGAAGAUGCAGGGCCUCAUGCUCCGGUGCAGCGCCGCCCAUUGUGAGGAAAGCCAGGCGUCCAUGCAGCAAGUGCACCAGUGCAUUGAGUGCUGCCAUGCACCUCUGGCUCAAGCCCAGGCCCCGGUGACCAGCGAGCUGGAGAAGUUCCAGGACCGCCUGGCCCGGUGCACCAUGUAUUGCAAUGACAAGGCCAAAGAUUCAAUAGAUGCAGGGAGUAAAGAGCUUCACGUGAAGCGGCAGCUGGAGACCUGCGUGACCAAGUGUGUGGAUGACCACAUGAACCUCAUCCCAACCAUGACCAGGAAGAUGAAGGAGUCUCUCUCUUCCAUUGGGAAAUAGCUGUCUGCUAGUGGCCAUCAGGGCUGAGGGCAGGAGUCAA